CCAAUACAUAACGGUACUGCACCGACGGUCUAUUGCAACAACGACAAGAAUUUCUUUACUAAUCGCACACUCAAACACUGUCUAUCCUAUCCCUCCCGCACCGCGUCAGACAGUCAAUCAGCGUGGAAAAAGGAAUCACCAACCAUCAAUUCAUUCAUUUCGUAGCAUUGUUUGAAAGAACAAACGGCAAAAAGGAACGAAAUUCGAAAAUUGAAGACAAUGAGGACGUCGCGGAACGAACAACGGCAGCUCCUGGGGUCCCUCCUCUUCCUGGCGGCAAUGCUCAGCGGCGGUGUUUCUGGCUUCCAGGCCCUUUCGCAGCGACAGAAGCCACAGCAGGCACGGCGAACGAGGCUGAAGGCCGUCGAUCCCUCGAGCGUCGCCACGAUCCUGGCCACCACCGCCCAGCACCAGCACCUGCAGCUGCAGGCCGAUCCGGCACUCUCCGCCCUGCUGGCGACGGCGAUCGACUUUGGCUCGAUCCAAUCGAUCCACCCGGCGGCCACGAACGCGGCGGCGGCGGCGGCGAAAACCACCACCACCGAAACCAUCCAGCAGCUCCUCCCCUCCGCCGGGGAGGCCGUCCAGAGCCAGGCCAAGGAGGCCCUGGAGAACGGAUACAAGGUGAUGGACGCCUCGGGCUUUACCAGGGGCGGGGGGUCCAGUCUCCCCGGCUUUGCCGAGACCAACAGCCUGCUGGCCCCCCACGUCUCCCCCUAUCCGAUGUCGGGGACUGUCACCGGGGACUACCCGAUGUUCGAGCUGGGGGACCGGCUGGCCCUCUCGUACUGGCUGCUGGAAUACGUCCAGAGACUCCCCUACAUCGCCUUUGCCUACGUUUUGGUAGAGUUCUUUUUUCUGCGGUCCGACGUCGACCUCUACAAGGAAGACGUGGAGGACGAUCCCUCGGGGGUCCUGGCCGAGACCGUCUCCGACACGGGGGUCCGCGUCGGCCUCUUUCUCGUGCUGACCCUCUUCACGUACGUCGUGUUCUGAGUCUUGCGAUGCAAUGCUGUGCGGUGCGGUGCGCCGGGACGGGAGGGGACGGAGAUCCAAACCAAGGAAUGCAAUGCCGAUGCCAAUGCUGUAACGAACCAGGGGCUGCGAUUCCAACAACAACAACAAAAACAACAACACUACCAAAUAGGAACCAUUAGCUAGCUAGACAUAAGCAC